AUGACAGCAGUUGGUGAAGAUCUGGUGGAGAAAAUCCUAUUAACUCUGCCUCCUAAGACUCUGGUGCGAUUUAAAUGCGCCUCUAAAGGGUGGGAUGCCCUGAUCAACAAUCCCAGGUUCGUAGCAAAGCACCUCUCCAAUUUCAAUUCCAAUUCCAAACAUCUGCUCGUCAUGAAGAAGACUUUAGUUCUUAAGGAGACUACUAAUGACACUGGAAAAGAAGAUAAAGAAGAAGAAGAAGAAGUAGUAGUAUUUUCUUUGCUUAAUAUAUGCAAUAAUGAUGAUGAUAUUGAUACUAGUGAGGACAGAAUUAUUGUUUCUAGUGUAGCCGACGUCAAAAUACCUCUUUCUAUGAGUCUAAAGACUAAAGAAGAAGCUGUUCAUAUGGUGGCGCAUUCCAAUGGAAUCAUAUGUCUACAUCUAGUUAAAACUUUUCAGGUGAUUUUAUGGAAUCCAGCAAUUCAAGAAUUUAAGCUUCUUCCCCCAUCUCCAUACCUUCCAGAUGUUGAUUGGAGACGUUGGAGUUACGAUUACCCCAAGUCUGUUGAGGGGUUUGGAUAUGAUGCUAAAUUGAACGAAGACAAAGUGGUUAACUUUGGAUUAAGUUCUACGCCAGGCUUCGAGGGUGAUGGAUAUGAUAUUCAUAAUCGUCCUAAGGCAGCAAUAUACUCUUUGAGCAGGUCAUCAUUUUAUGAUAUCAUGUUACCUGCUGAUCGUGUUUAUCAUCCCGAGGUCCUCACUUACCGUAUGACUCUUCGAGUGUGGAACGAAUCCCUUGCCCUUUUUAUAUUGAUUGAUGAAUUUGAAGUUGUUGAUGAGUUUGGAAGUGAUGAACUUGAAUAUUCUUCUUUUGUAAUAUGGGUGCUGGAUGAACUUGGUGGUCUGACGGGUGCUUCUUGGACAAAGCACGUAACUCUUGAACCCACUGAGAAGCCAUUGGCAUUUCUGAAUAGCAAUGACAUUCUGUUGGAUGACUUCAUGGGACUUGUUUUUGGCAGCCAUAUUUAUAUCUCUAGAUCUUUAGUAGACCCGAGUAUUCAAUCACUCAUUUUUCUUCAAAUAUUGUGA